AUGCGUUUUUGUCCGUGCUUUGGAUCCGACGACGCCAGUGUGAUGGCGGAUCGAGACCCGGUUCUACUGGUUUCGGGCAUGGGUGGCUCCAUUGUGAAUUCCAAGCCCAAGACGUUCGGGUUCACCACUCGGGUUUGGGUCAGACUCGUGCUCGCUGACAUGGAGUUCCGCAAGAAGAUUUGGUCCCUUUACAAUCCCAAAACAGGCUACACUGAAACGUUGGACCAGAAGUCUAAGCUUGUGGUCCCUGACGAUGACUAUGGCCUCUAUGCGAUAGACGUUUUGGAUCCAUCGUGGUUUACGAAGUGUAUACAAUUGUCAGAGGUGUAUCAUUUUCAUGACAUGAUUGAGAUGCUUGUUGGAUGCGGUUACAAGAAGGGAACCACGCUUUUUGGGUUCGGAUAUGAUUUCCGCCAAAGCAAUAGGAUUAGCAAGUCAAUGGAAGGUCUUAAACAUAAGCUGGAGACUGCUUACAAAGCUUCUGGUGGAAGAAAAGUCAAUUUAAUUUCGCAUUCCAUGGGAGGAAUUAUGAUUUCAUGUUUCAUGUCGCUUCACAGAGAUGUGUUUACGAAAUAUGUGAAUAAGUGGAUUUGCUUGGCUUGCCCUUUCCAAGGAGCCCCAGGGUGCAUCAAUGAUUGUUUAUUAACUGGGUUAGAGUUUGUUGAUGGCUUGCAAAGCUACUUUUUUGUGAAAAGGUGGACUAUGCAUCAACUGCUAGUGGAGUGCCCUUCAGUCUAUGAAAUGAUGGCAAAUCCAUAUUAUGAGUGGAAAAAGCAGCCAGAAAUUAUAGUUUGGCGAAAGCAUACCAAAGAUGGGGACAACAAUAGCAAUUUGGAAUCUUAUGGACCAAUAGAGAGUAUCUCUUUAUUUGAAGAAGCACUUAGGCAUAAUGAGCUAAGUUAUAAUGGGAAAACGAUACCGCUGCCCUUUAACUUUGAUAUUCUUGACUGUGCUAUUGAAACACGACAACUUACUGCUAAUGCCAAACUACCAGAUGGAGUCUGCUUCUAUAACAUUUAUGGGACAUCAUUGGACACACCUUUUGAUGUUUGUUAUGGUUCGGAAAAUUCUCCAAUUGAGGACUUAUCCGAAAUUUGCCACACAUUGCCACAAUAUUCUUAUGUCGACGGAGAUGGAACAGUUCCUGCUGAAUCUGCGAAGAUAGAUGCAUAUGGAAAUAGUCCUAAUAGAAGGCCAUUUGCUGAUGGACUCAAAGCCAUUGAAAGGGUGGGUGUUCCUGCUUCUCAUCGUGGAAUAUUACGAGAUGAAACAGUAUUUCAACUUAUUAAAAAAUGGUUGGAUGUUGAGCCAAUUGUUAGCAAGCAAUCUAAAACAUCUAAAGUUGCAGAUGCUGAUCCAAUCAUGCCUAUGAAAAAAGAAAAGAAGCUUCGAAAGACCUACGGUACCGUUCUUGGUGAAAGAAACAAUUUGGCGCAUGUGCUGGAAGAUUCCUCAAGAAAAGCUGCCCAAUGGGGUCAAAACCUUAGGAUUAGUCAGCAGGUGAUAAAACUUGUUAGAAAGGGGCAGUGUUUGUGCAUGGAUAAGGGUGAAAACAAUCCUGCAACAAGCAGAUGCUCAGAGAGAGAAAUCAUUCAUAAAAUAAUGUCUGGUUUUCUUUCCGAGGAGGCACGGUAA